UUCAUCAUGGCAGAGGAACCCAAAGAGAAUCCCCUCUUGGCUGCCUUGCCUCCAGCCACUGAUUACAUGACCUAUCUCACGCUCGUUGAGUACAAUCUCUCCGAGGAAAACCUGCCUAUCCUCCACCACGUGCUGCAAGACAAAGAGCUGACUGCCAACAUUGGAUGGGAUCUGGUUCAUCUUCUGCUUCCAUUUCUUCCGGCUGCUGAGGAGUGCCUUCAGGACAUUGCCGCAAAAGGUAAUCCUAGAGAAGUUAUUCUGAAAGUCACCGAGGCGCUACAGCUUCUCGAAUUCGAGCAGCAAAAGACCGAUACCGAUUCGGAAGAGGAGGAAGAAAAUGGAGGAGUGGCUGUUGAUCAAGCGCCAGCCGUCGCAGUUGGUGAAUCCAGCACAACGCCUGGACUGCCCCCCUCCAGUCUGCCGCCGUUGCCGGUAUUGAAAUUUGAGGUUCUCCUUGAUCUGUUGGCGACACUCCAUGGACGCGUCAAAACAAAAUACCCAAGCCGGUUCCUUGCCACAAGUCUUCAAGCUGUGUUGGCGGCGUAUAAUCGCGCCACCUCCCACCGAGACGAAUUGACUCUAUCCGCCGUCAAACUCGUCAAAACUCUUUCCGGUACUAAGAGGCCACAUCUUCCAGCGCGGACGAGUAGCGGCAAUCUGCUCCGAGUCCCGACCAAGUUACAGGAGCCGGAUCCGGAGGCUCAAAGUGAGGCGCCCUCCGCGGACGAGCAAACUCUGGUAGCUCGGUUACUACAAUCAUUCCUAACCCACGUAUUCGAGGAUUACGUACUCACUCUCAAUUCCAAUGAUGAUGUCCCUGGACUUGCUUGGUCAAGCCGGUUGAUGGAGAAAUACAACCCGGAACGCAUCGUUCCCAGAAGGCCUACGGUUGCGAAUCGCUUUGGGGAAGAGGAGGAUCUAAAAUCAAGGUCGGCAAUUGUUGGUCAGCUCGUAGCAUUGGCACAAGAUCUAGGAUUAAACACUGCAGAUCUUGUCCAAACUGUCAUGGAUCCGGAGACAGAGAAGCAAGGCAUUCCUGGGGCAGGAGAUGAGCCUCCAAACUCUGCUGAAGACAUCCCCCUCUCGAAGACUGGUUCUUUGCUCCUCUACACUGCGCGUAUAGUCAAGCAAGAGUUGUUUUCGAAUGUGAAUGCCGACGAGGCCUCUGCUUUCCAUACGUUUCCCGAGCAUGCAACAAUACUGGAGAAUUUCAUUGGUGUGCUAGGUCAGCAGACUGUCGGACUCGAGCCCGAAGCCCUUCUUGACGCUGUCCUUGCUUUGGGUCUUAUAGCCUUGGACAAAAAUGCCAUUGGAGAGCCCAAAGAUGACGAAGCGUUCGCACAGUAUUUGCAAACUACCUCUCUAGUAUCUGCAAAUACCCCAUCGCCCUCCCUCCGAUACAAUGCGCAUUAUCUCACCAGUACGGUUCUCCGUUCACACCCAUCCGAUCUUGUCCGAUUGACGUUCAUUCGCGAUACGCUCGAACACUGUCCUUAUGAAAACCUAAAGGCCAGCGCGGUACAAUGGAUAAAGGGCGAGACUAUAGAGGCGAACAAUCCGUAUAACCCAGAUUCGGCGUCAUCCGAGGACGAUGCAUCGUCCAUCUUUGCCACGCCAGUCGCUGUGCAUACCACAUUACCCUUCCUCUUUCCUGACUUGACCGCUACUUACAGCAACUCUGUAGCUAUCUCGGACUCGUUCAUGCAGUUUCGCCAGGAGCUGGGGUUCUACCUUGCGGUGCUGAACUUCUACUAUCUGCUCCUGACUGCGCGGCAGUUGCACGACAACCUGGAUGUCAAAAACCUGCACAAGGGUAGUGGGAUGGAAGAGCACUUCCUGAAGCCACUGAAGGAUGCAAGUGCCAGGUUUACGGAGGACCUGAAAGCAGGGGGGCCGUUGAGCAUUGCAGAGGGUGGAGAAGGGAUCGCUGGCAACUUGGGCUUGAGACAGGCUUGGAUGGAUAUUGAAUUACUUGGUCAUAUCAUCGGACGAGUCGAAGGCGCGAUCAAGCAGUUCGAGCAGACGUCUGCUUAG